UGUUAAGUGUGUUCAACGAAAUUAUGCGGAGUUCCUAAAAGUUCUUUUAAAAAUGCAUUCAAAUAACCUUAAAACUUACAUAAAAGCCAUAAAAGCAAGAUAAAUGUGAAUAAAUAGGAAAUUUUCGUGAAAAACUAAAAUUUUCCAGAUGAAUGCUACAAAACUGGAAGAAAUUGUAUCAUUUCUCGCAGAGUAUCAAUGGAUUUACAAGAAUUCCAACACAAAGUUCAUCAAAGCAGGAGUUUUGGAUGAUUUCCCUGGUGAUUGGGGAGAGAGUCUGCUUAAAUUGUCCCACGAGGAGUUGAAUAACAUCCCAUUUGGUCAGAUUCCAGAGUCCCUGAAUGAGAAUCUCAAGGGAUUCCUCAGAAAAAUUGCUGAACUAUCGAUUUGUGUGCCUUCUGUUGAUUUCCAUGAAUCCCAAUCUUUGAAAUCAAUUAAGGGAAUCAAUCCCAAGAAGCUUCAAGAAAUAUCAAGUCUCUCCAGACAAAUUCACAAGAUCUGCCAGGAGAGGGAGAUUAACUACUUGGUGGAUUUGGGAUGUGGAUUGGGAUAUUUGUGCCAGAUGUUGUUUGAAAAAUUCAAUUAUAAAAUCCUUGGGCUUGAGUGUGAUCCUGAAAGGGUUAAAACAGCUAAAUUGCGCCAGGACAAAUUAUUCCCAUCUUCUAGGGAGUCUGUAAAGUUCCUGACACAUUUUAUCACAGAAUCUUCUUGGGAAUUCAUAAGGCAGGAACUUUCAAAAGCUUUCCAGAUUGAUCCGGAUAGGGUAUCAUUGGGUCUGGUGGGGCUUCAUGCCUGUGGGGACCUUACAGUAACGUCCAUGAGGAUUUUUGCCAUCACUGAGGCCAUUAGGGCAGCUAUUGUGAUGCCCUGCUGCUAUCAUAAGAUGUCCAUUGGGGAAAUUGGUGACAAACCCGUGAAUUUUCCACUCAGCCAGCGGCUGAUGGGCAGUUUUGGGAGGAUUCCCAGGGGAGAUGGUAUGGCAUGCAGACCCUUUUUGAGGCUCGCGUGUCAACAACCGGCGUCCAGGUGGAAGAAAAUGACGGAGGAGGAGCACAAAAUUCAUGGGAAAAAUAUGUUUCAGCGAGCAUUGCUCGAUGCUCUGGUGGAGGAAGAUCAAGAGGUUCAUCGGGUAAGAAAAUCCUCCGAAAGGGUUAACAAUGGCUUUGAUGGUGCAAUUUCUGGCUUUGAAAUUCGAGAAGUCACCACAAAUACAGCGAUUCCGUGGAACAAUGAGCACAGAUCAAAGUGGAAGAUUCUCUGUGAUAAAUAUCCGAAUGGUGGGGAAUUUUCAGAAUAUCUCACACUCCUCCAGACCACAAUUCAGGAAACAUGUGAGAACAUCAUCCUCCUCGACAGAAAGCUCUACGUGGAAGAACUCUCAUCUGCAUUCCAGUGCACAGUUGUGAAGAUUCUGGAUGCAGAUACUUCACCAAGGUGUACAGUACUUACUGCAACGAAAAGUUAAUUGACUGAAAUAUUGCAGAAACUUGAAUAAAGCUUUAGAUUUGAAA